UGCAUGCACUGCAAGAAGAAAUUCCCCGCUGCUGAUGCAAGGCAUGAUUUUGAACAAAACAGUCUUGCAGUAACAUUGCAUGCUGGGAUGUCUCCCCCGGUAUUCGAUGUGUCUUGUGGAAGUCAAGAUGGCAGAAGAUAGUAAUAUCAGAACAGAGAGUGAAACAGGCCUUAAAUGAAGUUACCAAGCCCUGCGAGUGCAUCUGAUACCAUCGUUUAAGACCAGUUGCAGCAGCAAACAUUGAUUUUGUCCGAUUGCAUCCAAUCUGUGGCGGGAUUGCAAAUUCUGACACAAACACAGGCGCACAAACAACUGAGGGAUCAAGUCUCGUAUGAAUUCCGAAGAGAAGGAGGACUGUGAGUGUGCGCCACCACAGGCCGAAUCCAACCCCACAGGAGGAUACGACAGAUUACAAGAGGAGUCCACCUUUGAAAACGCUGAAGCAAGCCGAAUGAAGCGAGCAGCCGCCAAGCAUCUCAUUGAACGCUACUACCACCAGUUAACUGAGGGUUGCGGAAACGAGUCAUGCAGCAAUGACUGCUGUGCCUCCUGUCCGAGCUCCCACCGCCUGGACAACAAUGCAGCGGCCGUCAAGGCCCUGGAGCUCUACAAGGUCAACGCCAAGCUGUGCGACCCCCACCCCUCCAAGAAGGGCACCAGCUCUGCAUACCUGGAGAACAGCUCCAUCAACAGGGGUGGCCACCACAACUUGGCCUGUGGCAACCGCAAGAUGAACCACUCAGUUCGGGAGGAUUUCAAAGACGUGAACUUCCUGACGGAAGAGAAGGUCUAUGAGAUCCUGGAUAUCUGCAGUGAGAAAGAAGACUACUCCCCACUCAUCCGCGUCAUCGGCCGUGUCUUCUCGAGCGCCGACGGCCUGGUCCAGAGCUUCCGCCACUCCAAGCAGCACACCAAGGAAGAGCUGAAGUCACUGCAGCCCAAAGACGAGGACAAGGACGAGGACGAGAAGGAGGCGGCUGCCUGCUCGGACUCCGCCAUGGAGGAGGGCGGCACAGACCUGGAGGCCUCCUCAUCGUCGCGGUCGGGCGAAGGGGGUGACGGGCAGAAGCUGGGUCCAGACGAGGUUUCGGUGGACAUCGAGGCUGUGCGGCGAGUCUACGGGCGCCUCUUGUCCAACGACAAAGUGGAGGCGGCCUUUCUGAAUGCGCUGGUUUACCUGUCGCCCAACGUAGAGUGCGACCUCACAUACCACAAUGUCUACUCGCGUGACCCCAACUACCUGAACCUCUUUGUUAUCGUCAUGGAGAACGGCAACCUGCACAGCCCAGAGUACCUGGAGAUCGCGCUGCCACAGUUCUGCAAGGCCAUGAGUAAGCUCCCGCUCCCAGCACAGGCCAAGCUAGCCCGGCUGUGGGCACGCUACCCAGCUGACCACAUCCGGCGCAUGAUGGAGACCUUCCAGCAGCUCAUCACCUACAAGGUCAUCAGCAACGAGUUCAACAGCCGCAACCUGGUCAACGACGACGAUGCCGUGGUGGCCUCCGCCAAGUGCUUGAAGAUUGUCUACUUUGCAAACGUGCUAGGAGGUGACAUAGACACGGAACACAACGAGGAGGAUGACGAGGAGCCCAUGCCGGAGUCGAGCGAGCUGACUCUGCAGGAGCUGCUGGGCGAGGAGCGGCGCAACAAGAAGGGCCCGCGCGUGGACCCACUGGAGACGGAGCUGGGCGCACGCGCCACCGACUGCCGCCGGCCGCUCGUCCCCUUCGAUGAGUUCAUUAACGAGCCGCUCAACGACGUGCUGGAGAUGGACAAGGACUACACCUUUUUCAAGGUGGAGACGGAGAACAAGUUCUCCUUCAUGACGUGUCCAUUCAUCCUCAACCCCGUCACCAAGAACCUGGGUCUGUACUACGACAACCGCAUCCGCAUGUACAGUGAGCGGCGCAUCACUGUGCUCUACAGCCUGGUCCAGGGGCAGCAGCUCAACCCCUACCUCCGGUUAAAAGUGCGGCGAGACCACAUCAUCGACGACGCGCUGGUCAGACUUGAGAUGAUUGCCAUGGAGAAUCCUGCAGACUUGAAGAAGCAGCUGUAUGUGGAGUUUGAAGGAGAGCAAGGUGUCGACGAGGGGGGGGUGUCCAAAGAGUUCUUCCAGCUGGUGGUGGAGGAGAUCUUCAACCCAGAUAUCGGAAUGUUCGCGUAUGACGAAAGCACAAGGCUUUUUUGGUUCAACCCGUCGUCAUUUGAAAAUGAGGGCCAGUUCACCCUUAUCGGCAUCGUCCUGGGCCUAGCCAUCUACAACAACUGCAUCCUGGACGUUCACUUCCCCAUGGUGGUCUACAGGAAGCUCAUGGGAAAGAAAGGGACUUUCCGGGAUCUGGCAGAUUCACAUCCGGUUCUGUCUCAGAGUUUGAAAGAGCUGAUGGAGUAUGAUGGCUCCGUCGAGGAGGACAUGAUGAUCACCUUCCAGAUAUCCCAGACAGACCUUUUCGGAAACAACCUCAUGUACGACUUACGAGAAAAUGGUGACAAGAUCCCUGUUACCAACAGCAACAGAAAAGACUUUGUGGCCCAGUAUGCAGAGUACAUGCUGAACAAGAGUGUGGAGAAGCAGUUCAAAGCCUUCAGGAGAGGUUUCCACAUGGUGACCAACGAGUCACCCCUAAAGUAUUUGUUUCGGCCCGAGGAGAUUGAGCUCCUCAUCUGUGGAAGCCGACAAAACCUAGACUUUCAAGCACUUGAAGAGACCACAGAGUACGACGGAGGCUAUAGUAGAGAUUGCCGAAUUAUUAGAGACUUCUGGGAAACGUUGCACUCCUUCAGCGAGGAGCAGAAGAGGCUAUUUCUGCAGUUCACAACGGGCACAGACAGAGCACCUGUAGGAGGGCUGGGCAAACUCAAGAUGAUCAUCGCCAAGAACGGACCUGACACCGACAGGUUACCCACGUCCCACACCUGCUUCAACGUGCUGCUCCUGCCUGAGUACACAACCACGGAGAAGCUGCGAGACAGACUGCUGAAAGCCAUCACUUACGCCAAAGGCUUCGGCAUGCUCUGAGCCUUCCCCGCUCAAGCAAACAACCACGGACUCCUUUUCACACACACACACACACACACACGCACGCACUCUCACACACACACACACACACACACAUUCACACAUCUCUAGUCCCUAUCUUACAUAAAAAUAAACUGAAACAACAAAAAUGAGGAAGUGAUUCACGUUACGAGUUGAAGACAAGGAAAUGAAAACAAGAUAAACCGGGGGAAAAAACAAAGCAAAACACAAUAAAAUGAAAAGAAAACUGAGAAAUCCAAAAUGGCGCAUAAAGUUAGUGUGCUCUAGUUGUCCUUUUGUUUCCUCCCAUCCCCACCCCGUCUACAUUUUUUUUUUUUCAUUUUAUUUUCAACUACCAGCGUCUGGCUCAGUGGAGUAGUAGACCGAUAGCAUAUGAUCAAAUUCCACACACACCCAACCCAGCUGCUCCCUCAGUCAUCUUUGUGUGAAAGUGUUACAUGCCUCAUAUGUACAGAACAUUUUCCUCCUUACUAUUUAUUUUAAGGUUUAAACUGCCUUUUUUUUUUUUUUCUUCCCCCCCCCCCCUCAAUAGGAAUGAAAUGAGGCCUAAUGCUUAUUUAAAACAGAUAUGGUAGAAACAGAAAAAAGUGUCUGAAAAAUGGGCAACAGUGCUGUAUGUAACACAUAUAAGUAGAGGAAAGGAAGUUUAAUUUCUUUGCUGCAUGCAGUCCCAGUUACUCCUUUUCUACUUGUUUGUCUAUGGGCAGUGGGAGAGGAGUUUCACCACCCAGAUUCCCAUCGACCUCUCUGUCCAAACCUUCCAUCCAUCCCUCCAUUUUAAUUUAAUUUUUCCGUUUUCAUCUGUGCCCACAUGUAUCGUGUCAUUGUAAGGGGCUGUACAUUACAUGCAUUUCAUUCUCAUUCAAACGUCAACAGUGGGAAGAGGAAAACGCAACACAAAGCAAAGAUGUGUCUGGGGACACAUUUCGUCGAAGAAGAUCCAUUUUUCUACAGAAGAAAAACAAAAGCGUUCGAAAGCACCAAGGAGUUGGACUUAAUUUCUCGACCGAGAUUGUGUAAGUGCACUUAGACAUUUUUCGAAUGUUUUUGUCAAAGCGUCCAGUUUCCACCCAUUUCUUUUUUUCUUUUUUUCUUUUUUUUUUGAAGCACCACACUGAUGUCUAAAUCGUAAGCCCAUAGUUUAUUUCACAUGGUUUUCCAAAACAUGUUUAUAUUGAAAUAAAAUUAAUGAUUUUUAUAUCUAGCCAUUAAUUUGUUACAUUCAUUCUGUUUUUGCCAAAUGAAGGGAGUAUUCAUGCAGUAAGGUGUUAAAAUUGUCAAUGUUGAGAUGCUUUGGACUCUGAUCUAGAAUAAAUUUAGUCUCCCAUUACUGAACAUUUAACAUGGCACUUGUAUUUUCUUUUCAUUUUUGUAUAAUUUUUUUUAUAAAGCUAACUGAAAUGUUCCCUUGUUGUCAACAGUAAAUUAUGUAUGGAAUGGGACUAUACUUAACAAUAACUGGUGACUUUGUCUAUUCGAAUAAUCUGUUUGAAUGCCAGUCUGUGCAGCAGCGUAAUGUGGUAGCAUCCGACAGUAGUAGUAUUUAUAGUUUGAUUUUUAAGACAGCUAUUAUGAUGGUCUCUUGUACACAUAAGCCCCACUAUCAGCUAGGUUUAAACAACCCACAUUCUUGUGUUUUUUUUUUUUUUUUAAGUGUUAUCUAAAAUAUAUGUAACAGUUUUGCCAAGGCAGCCCACUUCAAUUGCAGAAGCUGCCCGACUAAACCAUGAUGGUAACUAUAGCAAUAUAGCUUUUAAAACCUUAAAACCUGCAUACUGCAUGGAAUAUAACAAAGCUUUGAAAAAUUGAACGUGCAACCAAUUCAGGAACAGCUGUAAAGAAUGACUUUUUUUUUUUUUAAACUAGUUCUUCGAGCCUUUACCAGGUGAACCACUAAGAUAAAAGAUACAAAUGAAGAGCCCAACUCUGCAUGUCAGGAACCAGCCUGUCAGUUCGCCACGUAAGCAUUCUGAGCCACUGCACUCAUGUUUGCUCCUUCCUGUUUUGGGGUUGUUUGUUUGUUUGUUUGUUUUGUCUUGUCCCUUUUUGUUUUGUCUGGAGUACCUCUUUCAUUUUGAACUGCUGGUGACGAUGCUGCUACUGCUGCUCCCCCUACCCCUCCCCCCCCUCCUAUCUCCCCCCCCACAAGGACUCUAGAGCCAUGCAAGAAAAAUUGAGGUUGCAUUCUCAAAUGGAAGCCAUUCCUUGUUGUAGAUUUGUUUUGACAGACCGUCGCUCCUCUAAAAAUUAUAAAAACACAAACAAAAAGGUUGAUAUUAAGGAGGGAGACGAAAAGUAUCACGUGGUGUGAAAAACCUAAUGCUAAAUAAAAGUGACUGCUUUUUUCCAUCUUGUAUUUAA